GGACGAAUUGCACAUUUUCUCUGCGAUUUUUUCAAUCGAACGACUGUCGUACUACUUCAGCAAGGGGUGCUGUAUUAUCGAGAACUAGGAAGUCAUCAGACACCCGCGAGUUGCUGCAAGGAAGCGCGCGACAAAGACGCAAUCAUGAAGUUCGGCCAGCAGCUGCAAAGCUCUCUAAUCAAAGACUGGUACUACUACUACAUCUCAUACGACGAGCUCAAGAGGCUCCUCCAGCCCGAACCGCAAACAAAGCCCACAGCCGAGAACCCGAACCCGCCUUCGAAGGCAUGGAACGACGAACACGAAACCCGCUUCUACAGCGAGCUCGAGGCUGAGCUGGACAAGGUCUCCAACUUCCAGCAGGUCAAGAGCGGUGAGAUUCAACGCCGUAUCAAGAUCAGCGAGCGCGAGGUCAACGAGGUCAUCACACGCGCAAAGGCUGCCCAAGGUCAAUCAGAAGAGCAGCGAAACAAUGAGGCCCCUAGCGAAGAAGACUUUGCCAUGUUGGAAGAGGAUCUGUCCGACAUCAUUGCCGACGUCCACGACUUGGCCAAGUUCACUCAGCUCAACUACACUGGCUUCCAGAAGAUUAUCAAGAAGCACGACAAACUCUACCCCGACCAACAGCUGAAGCCUCUCUUCGCCGCUCGUCUCAAUGCAAAGCCCUUCUUCAAGGAUAACUACGAUCAGUCAAUUGUCGGUCUGUCACAACUCUACGACCAAGUCCGCACUCGUGGCAACCCCACUCAAGGCGACUCCUCGGCCGGUGGAAGUCAGCAGAACUUCGUCCGUCAAACCACAAAGUACUGGGUCCACCCGGACAACAUCACCGAGCUCAAGCUCAUCAUCCUCAAGCAUUUGCCUGUGCUCGUCUUCAACCCCAGCAAGGAAUUCGAAAUCAAGGACUCAGCCAUCUCCUCCAUCUACUACGACAACACCGACACCUGGGAGCUGUAUGAGGGCCGUCUCAAGAAGACUGAAGGUGCCGAGGCCAUUCGUCUCAGAUGGUACGGUGACAUGAAUGUCGACACAAUCUUUGUGGAGCGCAAGACGCACAGAGAGGACUGGACAGGCGAGAAGUCGGUCAAGGCCCGUUUCGCACUUAAGGAGAAGAACGUGAACGCCUUCAUGCGUGGCGACUACACUGUCGAGCAGGCCUUUGAGAAGAUGCGUCGUGACGGCAAGAAGAGCGAAAAGGAGAUUAGCGACCUCGAGCAGCUUGCUAGAGAGGUUCAGUACCGCGUCAUCACACGCAAGCUGCAACCCGUCACUCGCUCUUUCUACAACCGUACUGCCUUCCAGCUGCCUGGAGAUGCCCGCGUUCGUGUCUCGCUCGACACUGAGUUGACCAUGACUCGUGAGGACAACCUUGAUGGACGCGAUCGUGCUGGCAAGAACUGGCGUCGCAUGGACAUUGGUAUCGACUGGCCGUUCAGUCAAUUGCCCGCAGAAGAUGCCGAGCGUUUCCCCUACGCUGUUCUGGAAGUCAAGCUGCAAACACAGGCCGGCCAACAACCCCCUGAGUGGAUUCGUGAGCUUGUCGCUUCCCACCUGGUAGAAGCUGUUCCCAAGUUCUCCAAGUUCAUCCACGGCACUGCAACCCUGAACCCUACCCGUAUUGACCUUCUGCCUUUCUGGAUGCCUCAGAUGGAUGUCGAUAUUCGUAAGCCCGUCUCUCACCGCUUCGGUAUCGAGCGUCCCGGACAAAGCACGGAUAUCUCCACCAGCGGCCAGAUGGACGAUGACACUGAUGAUGAGAUGGAAGAUGCUGCUGACUUGCCCAACGGCGAUGACAACGAGAACAUCCGCCGCCUACGAGCUGCCAGAGAUGCGCUCGAGCAGCACGAGAUUGCUCAACGCAUGGAUUACGGCACUACUAACGGAGGUGCUGACCCCAACUCGUUGGACGAGGAAGAGCGUUUGGCCGCCAGACCUCUUGCUGACGAAGAUGACUACCCACUCUAUGACAGUGAUGAUGAGGAAGAUGACCUCGAAGAGGCAAAGCGCAUCGGUGGCUGGACUUACCGUCGCAAGUUGAUGGCACACUAUGCCGACAAGGUUGGUGACAAGCUUGCGAGCGCUUUCAGACUUGCUGCACCUGUACCCAAGCCUACUGCCAUGCCUUCCAAUGGGGAUGCCUCGAUGGGAAUCCCGAGUGCCAGAAACUCGGAUCAGAUUCGUGAGAAGCGAUACAAGGCACCCAAGGGCAAGAAGAUUCACGUACCCGUACGUGUCGAGCCCAAGGUCUUCUUCGCAGCUGAGCGUACUUUCUUGUCAUGGCUCGAGUUCAGCAUCAUCAUCGGCAGUAUCGCUGCUACACUCCUCAACUUCGGUGAUACCACCGCACUGGCCUCUGCCUGGGCGUUCACCAUCGUCGCUCUCUUCGCCAUUUGCUACAGUAUGGGUCUCUACCUUUACCGCGUACAAUCAAUCCGCAACCGCCGUGCCAUCACCUACCACGACAAAUGGGGCCCUAGCGCAUUGUGUGUUCUUCUCUUCGCCGCCGUAACAGUCACAUUCGUGUACAGAUUUACGCAUGGUGGUGAAGGUGGCUUGAAAGGAGAUAUCAGGGGUUGAUGCGCGAUGUGCUGAGUGCGGAAGUGGGAAAAGGUGAAACUGUAUAUGAUUUGCAUAUUUGUUGUGUUGAUAAUUUUGUAUAGACUGUAUACCCGUGUCGCGAGGCCUAGAUAGCGGUAUGUAAUUUUUUAUGUUUGAUC